AUGACGAACACCGCAGAUCAUGCUUCUUCGGGCGAUUCGAACCCAGCAAGGGCAGCACCAGGUGGCAGCCCAUCAUCAAACCCGAAUAAGGCCAACUCAUCGGCAACAGCAACUCAAAAGUCCGACAUUGGAUUCUUACAGGACUCUCGACCACACAAUAUACAUCAUUAUCCCGAAAAUACUAAUGUGAGACAUAAUGGCCGUGGAUUGCCCUCAGCGUCGCUGAGCAUGAGCGGCAUGAGGUCCGCACUACCCGGUUACCAAGCCCACACUGUUGUUUUUGACCGGCGUGCGAUGCCGCAGCACUUUGUCCCUACAGAACCUGGUCAUGGAGUGGUAUACUCAUCAAUGCACCCUUUACCAUUGUUCCCCGAGACAACACCAAAUAUGAAUAUGCCUUUCAAUAACCCAUUCCCUCAAUCAUAUUCACUUCACUCACACGAGCAGCAGCAACAACAACAACAUAUGCCACCUCAGCAUACUGGGCCUGGGUAUCAGCAGCUAGGUUACAGCUCACCAGCGCACUUGGGAAUCCCGCCAGCCGGAUACGAGCAAACUUAUUAUGCCCCGCCUAUGUAUAUGGCAUCUCAUGGACAGAGUGCAGUUCAAGCGAAUGUGACAAUUCACUUACAUCCACAUCACCCAUCCCACAAUACUCAAGAGAACUUUGCUAAAUCAUCAGCAACCCUUUCAAAAAUGUCCAUAUCACGUACUGCAGAGUCGGACUAUGACGUCUCAAAGACUAUUGUAGACGGGUCAAACCCCAUGAGAUCCACGCAAGCUCGGCCUUCCGCAAUGGAUACAGCCCCACACCCAAUCAAUAGUACCAGCAUUGUAACACUGCGAGGACCCCCAAGGAAGCCAAAGCAAUCUGGCCAUGCUUUAUGGGUUGGCAACCUACCCCCUGGAACAGACAUUAAUGAACUGAAAGACUACUUCGCCCAGGAUGCCACUAAAGAUGUUGAAAGUGUCUUUCUCAUAUCGAAAAGCAACUGUGCCUUUGUCAAUUACAAGACAGAGGUGGCCUGCCUUGCAGCACUACCAAGAUUCCACGACACCAGGUUCCAUGGAGCACGUCUCGUCUGUCGACUGCGUCAAGGUUCGAUGUCUCCUGCGCCGCAGCCCGAUUCAUCGAGUUGUUCAUCUCAAGCUGGGAACGGUGCUGGCGCUAUACACAACGAGCAGAUUGGAAAUAUGAUGGUGAAAAAGAUAGCUGAUAGCAAAUAUUCAAGGCCUCGAAUUCCAAACAGAUAUUUCAUUGCCAAAAGCCUGUCUAUGGAUGACCUCGAACUGAGUAGACAAAGUGGGAUCUGGGCAACGCAGGCGCACAACGAGGGCAACUUGAACCAGGCCUAUCAGACAGCUGAUAACGUCUACCUUGUCUUUUCCGCCAACAAGUCUGGCGAGUAUUAUGGGUACGCCCGGAUGGUGUCUCCAAUCCAAGAGGACGACGGCUUGAUUAUGGAGAUGCUGCCUCGCCCUGACCACAUCCAGGCCGAGCCCGAGGACUUGGAUUUGACACCAACUCUAGCGACGUCCACCGCCCCAAAUGGUCGGAUUAUCAAUGAUACUGCGCGGGGGACAGUGUUCUGGGAAGCAGACUCAUCGGAAGAUGAAGGUGGAAGCAAAGUUGAUAAGAGCGUUACGGACGUAGCCGAGGAGGUAUCAGAGUCGGGGUUCCAAUCUAUAGGGAAGCCGUUCCGGAUCCAAUGGCUUUCGACAGAACGAGUCCCUUUCUACCGCACACGUGGUUUGCGGAACCCUUGGAACGCAAACCGAGAAAUCAAAAUCGCUCGAGAUGGCACUGAGAUUGAGCCGGCUGUCGGGGAGAGGCUUGUGCAGCUAUUCCACACACCUUACCCUGGAUGA